GCUUGGUACUUCGUUUCCACACUGUAGGAGACACAGAAGUGUCAGAUUUAUUUAGUUUGAUAGAGAAAUCCCCGGUCAGGUUCAGUUUGCAGGGAAUGAAGAAAACUAAUUACAAAAGAAGCUGUUUUAUAGCGAAUGGUCUCCAACGCAGCGGAUAAUUACAAUGCGUUUUGCCGAUAUAAGGAGUGGCAGUCGUGCUAAGUAACUGGUCUCUAUUUUCAAGCUAGCAGAAGAUGGAAUGUACUUUAACUGUGUUUUAUGCAUGGAAAUGAUGCUAAUACUUUAGCUUUAACCAGUACCAGCGAAGUCGAUGUUCAUAUUUCGCCUCACUGUCACCGGAUGCUUUGCUGUUAUCCAGUUGGUUAGCUAGUUUAGCUUCUUUCAGAGAAGCUCCGGCCAUGGAGGAAGUUGAUAAAAUUCUGAUUCACGCCCUAAAACAGGUUGGGACGGAAGUGCCUGAAGAAAUUAAUAGCGUGAAACAGUUCAGUAGUGAGCUGAUAGUAGAGGCGGUGGUCAGAUGUAUUCGGGUGAUCGAUCCUGGUCUGAGCAGCACGCUGGCCACCUCCCUCCCUCCGGGUAUGUCUGCCCGCUUCAGAGUGGGCAUGAGCCUGGCACAGGCCUGUCAGGACAUUGGAUACAAAGGAGAGCUAGGAUACCAGACUUUUCUGUACAGCAGUGAACCAGAGAUCCGCUCCCUGCUCAUGUUUCUGGUGGAGAAGCUGCCCAGAGAAAGUGCUGAGACUUCAGACCAGCCGACAGGGAAAUCAGUGGUACUGGAGAGAACCAUAGCUGCUGCGAUCAAAGCCCAUCUUGCUGUACCUUGGCUGCCUCCAAAAUGCAGACUACCACUAAACUGUGAAACACAGAGACAAGGAGUCAUGCACAGCUUCCACGUCCAGCCCCUCAGCCUAACAAACUGCACUAAAGGCUCAAGCAAGAGGCACACAAAAGAAGUGAAGGACUACCAGCGGGACGUUCUCUCCCCUGUCACCGCCCAGAUUUCCAGUCAAGCUUCUGUGGUGGCGUCCAUACUGGAGCAGCACACAGCUGAAAUAAGUGCUGCUCAGGAGUGGGACAACGAGUGGAACAAUCAGGGACUGUUGUCCCGCUUUACUCCACAGGAAUAUUGCUUACGGAAAUUCACCCGGUUGCAUAAACGGAUCGAGGACCAACUGCGUUCUGCUGCCCUGCCCUCUUCUCAUAGUGCCUUUGGUGUUUCUCGCUCCACCUCUGACCUGUGUGAGCUCCUGCAGGCCUUCAAAGGCUCCGUUCAACCCGGCCACAUCCUGACCAAGGGCACACACUUCACCCACACACAGAAGUUCAACUUCACACAGGAAUUGCCUCCAGUAGCAAAAACCAUCCCGACUAAUCAUCAGUCAGAGGGGGAUGUACAGCUGGGUCAGCAGGAGGAGUUGGCUUACCUUCAGCAGCAAUUCCAGCAGCUUUGCAGUGAGGUUGACCAUCUAGCAGCAGACAUGAAGCACAUGAGUGUUACCAGCACUCAGGUGUUGGAUGAGCUGAAACAGAGAGAACUGAGAAACUCUGAAAAAGAAGAGAAAAUCCAAGUGAAGAAGAAAACAAUUGAUCUUCUGCCAGAUGCAGAUAAUAACCUGCUGAAACUUCAGGCUCUGGUAGAGGCCAGUGCCAAGCGAGUCGUGAACCUGGCAUCUCAGUGGGAGAAACACCGUGCUCCACUCGUUGAUGAAUAUCGCAGACUCAAAGACAUCUGCAGCAGCAAAGAUGUGGAAUCAUCCAAGAAGCUGUCCGAAAUCAAGUCUUUGCAUGAAAAGAUCCGUGUUUCUACAGAGGAGGCCAAGAAGAAGGAAGAUGCAUACAAACAGCUGGUAACAGAGUUAGAAAAUCUUCCUCAAGAUGCGUCUCGCUCAGCGUACACUCAGAGAAUUCUAGAGAUUGUCAGCAACAUCAAGAAACAGAAGGAGGAAAUUACAAAGAUUUUAUCAGACACUAAGGAGCUCCAGAAAGAGAUCAAUAAUCUGACUGGAAAACUAGACAGGACAUUUGCUGUGACUGAUGAGCUGGUCUUUAAGGAUGCCAAAAAAGACGAAACCGUCCGCAAAUCCUACAAGUACCUGGCAGCCUUGCAUGAAAACUGUAAUCAGCUAAUCCAAACCAUUGAAGACACCGGUACAAUCCUGAGAGAGAUUCGAGAUCUCGAGGAGCAGAUUGAGACAGAAAACGGAAACAAAACUGUGGCUAACCUGGAGAGGAUUCUGGAAGACUACAAAGCGAUUCGACAGGAGAACGCUUCACUCGCUGCCAAAGUGAGAGAAGGAUGAAAGUACAGCUCUGCUUUAUGAGGCUAAAGUGAAAACAUGAAUGGGACUGAAACAGCACUUCAGCUGUCACACUUAGAUGUUUGUCCAUUAAUGUGGAGACCCGCUUUUCUUUGAAAAAGACAAAGUGUGUUUUGGACCACAGGAACUCUGUAAUUGAAAUGCAUGCCAUGGAUGGACAAAUAGGUCAGUAGAUGGAAAAUGUUGAAUUUGUACUUGGUGUGCCUGGGGGAUGAUUGUUAUGCAUUCAACUGAAACACGACACUGGGCAGCAGCAGGUGCUGUCAUUUAUAACGAUACAUGAGACAUCAUAAGAUGUUGUGAUUGAAAUUUAAUGUUUUCCUUUGACAUUUUAAAACACAAGUAACUUUUCCAUUUUCAGACCUUCAGUCUAUAAGUUGUCAUGAUUUCAUGUGAGCUUAAGUUGAGCGAAUGGCAUUUGAAUGUAGUUAAUCUGUCGUCCAUCAGCAAAUUGUUGUAUAUAUGGUACCAGCCUAAAUAAAGAUGCCUUACAUGCUUGAA